AUGGCGGAUCACAAUGUUUUAGUUGAACACAAUGGUGAAGAACUUGUCGCUGCGAUGGCAGCCGCUCGUGAGGCAGUUGGGCGGUACAACAGGUUGGCUUACGAUUUGGGAGUUCGCUACCAACGUCCUUUUCACCGGGCCACCCUGCACUAUUUCUUCCCUCGACUACUGCCAGAAUCCGUGCAUGCACCAGCUCAUGAGCCCGCACCAGUCCAUGUUCCAGAACCAGUUAAUGAGCUCGCACCAGCCCACGUACCAGCACCGGCCCAUGAACCAGCACGAGUCCAAGUACUAGAACAAGUGCAUGUACCAGCACCAGCUAAUGAACUUGCACCAGCCCAUGAACCAGCACCAGCUAAUGAGAUCGCACCAGCCCACGUACCAGCACCAGCCCAUGAACCAGCACCAGCUAAUCAGCUCGCACGAGUCCAAGUACUAGAACCAGUACAUGUACCAGCACUAGCUAAUGAGCUCGCACCAGCCCACGUACCAGCACCAGCCCAUGAACCAGCACCAGCUAAUGAGCUCGCACCAGUACAAGUACAAGUACUAGAACCAGUGCAUGUACCAGCACCAGUCCAUGGGUCAGCACCAAUCCAUGUACCAGCACCAGCUAUUGGACCAGCCCCAGCUAAUGGGCCAGCAUUAAUCCAAGUACCAGAACCAGUGCAUGUACCAGCACCAGCCCAUGGGUAUUGGGGUGCCGGUUACAAGCGCCGUACCUGGCAAGGGCGCUUUCCAAAAACAGCUCAUAAACAAGUAUUAUUUAGAAUAAAUCCGACUAUUCUGAAUGAUCGUAAUUUGAAUAUUAUUGAUGAGUGCAAAUUCAAACCGGUAAGUAGAGAAAAUGAGACCAAUCGGAGAAAUAUAAAAAGUCCUAAAUGUGAUCAGUUUAUAAACUCAAGUGUCUGUAAUGAUAUUGAAACUGACCAAAACUUUGAUUUGGAAAUCAAACGUAAAAAUUACCACAAUAACUCUCGAUUACACGAAUUUGAACUUAACAACGAAUCGUUAGAAACCAUUAACGACUUAUUUGUAACUAAAAAUCUUAAUUUAGAUAUGAAUAUAAGUGAACCCUCUAGUACUCGAAACAAAUCUAUUGACAAAUUAAGUCAAGUUAUUAUAAAUGAUAAGAGUACCGAAAAUAACAUUUCCUCAACGAAUUUACGUAAGAGAAAAGUUGAUAUGAUGAGAUUAAAUAAAGCAAAACCUCUAAAAAAACGUAGAAAAAGUAAAGAACAUCGUAGUUUACCAAUGUUACAUGAAAAAUAUUUAAACAUGGUCAUAAAUGGAGAUCAAUUGCAGGAUGAUCAUAUUUAUCAAUUCAAAUUAAUCUUAGCUAAUUGUUCAGAUUAUGAUCACCGUGACACUUUGUAUUUAGCAAGGCCUGAAAAAAUUAUACCUAUUCCAAACUUAAAAACAAAAACUUUGAAUAAUUUUAUGGUAUUCUUGAAUCAAUUGUUUCUUAAUCAUUCAGUUGAUAAAUUAGGUCAUUACCAUUAUUGUUAUGAAUCUAUUGGUUCUUGUAAAUCACAAUUAGUUUGUAUCGAGUUAUUAUCACCUCAUUUUCCUACAGUCAGAUACAUUAAACGGCUUAUAUAUACAAUGAAAGAAACUCUUAAUAAAGUGAGUAAUUUAGAUAGAGCAUUAGAAACUGCAGAUUUACAGUUUUUGAUUAAUAUAGUAAAUAAGAUGAAAGAAGAAGGGAAUUUAUUAGAUAAAGAACAUAAUGGAUUGUGUUUAAAUGAAGGUACUAUACAAAAUGAAUUUAAAUCAGCAUUUAUAGCUUUCACAAAACGAUCUUUAGAAUUACCGCGCUAUAAAUGCAUAUCCUGUCAAAAGUUAAGUUUUAGAAAAGAGGUUACUGACCUAAGUAAAUUACAUAAUCCAAUUUCAGGUGAAAUAUGGAAUGAUUUAAUUCAGUUUAUUAAUGAAAAAGAUCCGACAAUGAAUAGUAAUUUCAUUUGUAAUUACUGCUUAAAAAAAAUCCGUUCCAAAACUAUACCUCCAACUUGUCUACUGAAUAAUAUGUACGUUGGAACAAUACCAAACGAAAUUGUGGCAUUAAAUGAGUAUGAAAAACUCCUUAUACAACGAGCGAAAUCAUUUCAAGUAGUUCAAAGAUUAGGAACAGUGGCAAAAAAAAACUUACCGCAUACUAUGAAGAUACAGAAACUAAAAGGUCAGAUAUUUCAUCUUCCUUUACCAAUUGAAGAAACAUUUAAAAAAAUUUGUUCGACAACAGAUCCGAUUAAUAAAAAUCAUGAAUUAUAUAUUGUUAUUCGUAGUAUACCUACAAAAUCAAAUGCCAUAUGGGAAAAUUUGGUUAAUUUAGAGACAGUUUUUAAAACAUUAACGUGGUUAAAGAAUAAUAAUCCUCUUUACACCGAAAUUAAAUUACCUGAAUGUCCUCAGAAAUUGCGUGAAUGGUUAGAUACGAAAAAUAUCGAAUUUAUUAUUGAUUCAACUGAAAAUACGAAUGAAGAAAACAAUACAAAUAUUCAAAAUGACCAAAAUACUGAGGAUAAUUUAAGUGUUGAAAAAAUUAAGGUUAAAAUAGAUAUGGAAUCUAAAGAUCACAUUAAUGAAAGUAAAAAUUAUGAAACUAAAAUAAUAAGUCUUGAAGAAAACAAUAUUACUCUUGAAAAAGUAAGUGAAAAAAAUAACCAAAAUAAUGAAUAUAGUUAUAAAAAGAUAUGUACACCAGUGAUAAAAAAUGAGGAAAUGAGCGGAAUAGAGCUAGAUAUUAUUCAAGAUCAUUCUUAUAGGAAAAUAUCUUUAUCAGUUGAAAAAAAUAAAAAUAUAAAUAAAGAAGAUUUUAAUAUUACCCAAGAUCAUAGCUAUAGUAAGAUAUCUUUAUCAAUGGAUAAAAAUAAGAACACAAACGAAAUAGGGUUUGAUAAAGAUGUAAGAAAAAAUGCUAAAUCACGAGCUAUGGUAACUCAAGUGUUAAAUCCAGAUGGAUCCCAAUACGAGCAAUAUACAAUAUAUCCUCUUCACGAUAAAAGAAUGAACGAAUCUUCAACAAAUAUGUAUCAAAUGUUAAAAAUCAAUGAUAAAGCAUUGGAUAAUCGAGUUAAAACAUUAGAUUUACAAUGUUUUCCAGAUUUAUACCCUUAUGGUAGAAAUGGUCAACGUGAAGAUAGAAAAGUACCUAUUACUGACUACGAAUAUAUUAAAACAAGGUUGAAGUCAGCUGAUCCACGUUUUCGUUUAAAUCAACAAUAUCUCUUUUAUCUAUUGAAUGAUGCUAAUAUACGGCAACUCGGUCAAGGAAUUUUUCAUACUUUAAACGUUACGAAUCCACGUGAAAGACAUACAGCAGAAAGUUAUUUAAAGUAUUUAAAAAGUGGUCAGUUAGAAGCUAAUUUAACAACUCUGUUUUCUCGACUUCGAAACUCAGAACAAUUUUGGAGUAAACCUAGAAAUAACUUACAUUGUAUGACACGUUUCUAUGGUCCAGCAACAUGGUUUUUUACAGUAAGUCCUGCUGAAUGGCUUUGGGAUGAUUUAGUACAAUACGUAAAAGAAAUUAAUGCUCCACACUUUGAUAAGUUAUCUCCAAGUCAAGUAAUUGCUGCUGAUCCAGUCUCGGUUUCGAGGUUUAUAGAAAAUAAAUUUCAAGCUGUUCUUGACUUUAUUUUAUCAGAUAGUCAACCACUUGGUAAAAUAAUUCAUUAUUUCUGGCGUCGAGAGUAUCAAGGUAGAGGAAUUCAGCAUUUUCAUUUGAUACUGUGGGUUGAAGGUGCUCCAAUCAUAGGUAUAAAUACAAACGAAGAAGUUGUUGAGUUUAUAAUGAAAUACGUAACCUGUAAGUUACCUAAUAAAAAAAUAUCACCAACACUUCAUAGACGUGUCACUGCACAUCAACAACAUCAUCAUAAUAGCUAUUGCUUACGGACUAAAAAACCAAAGUCAGGUCGAGCUAUUAAGGCUUGUCGAUUUGGAUUUCCACGACCUACUACUGAAAAUUUUAUACUCCGUGAUGCUGCUACUUCAAUAGCAGGACGUAGAAAUUUAAAUAGUAAGAGUCGACUUUAUGAUCUUCCUCGUACUGAGAAUGAAGUUAAUAUUAAUGAUUAUAAUCCAGCGGUCUUAUCUGUAUGGGAAGGAAAUAUGGACAUACAAUUUAUAGGAGAAAAGUCAACAUUACUGACUCAGUAUGUCACAAAAUAUGCUACAAAAAAAGAAGUUGGUAAAACAUCAGAAACAGUCAAUGAAAUCAAUUCAACUAAAACUCUUCCUCAACUUUUGUGGAAUAUAGCGUUUCGUAGUCUAAAUCACCGAGAAAUUGGAGCUCUAGAAGCUGCUGACACUUUAUUGGGUAUUUCAUUGUAUGGCACAGAUUCAGAUACUGUUAUCAGAUGGCUUGAUAUUCGAAUGAUAAGAAAUCGAAAAUUGAAAUCAAAAGAUGAAAUUGAACUAUUAGAAAAAGUUAAUCCUGAGUCAACUGAUAUAUUUUGUCCGUCAUGGAUUGAUGAUUAUUACCCCAGUCGCCCUCAAGAAUUGGAAUCUUUAUGUUUAUAUGAUUUUGCUAGAUGGUAUGAUUUAACUAAGUCUGAACCGAAAAAUAGUAUGACUGAAUAUUAUGAAAUUCGCCCUUCGAUAUAUUUAAAACGACGAUUGCGAGGUUAUUUAAUUAAUCACUAUAGAUAUAACGUUGCUAAUCAACCUGAGAAUUAUUUUUAUUCACUGUUGUUAUUAUUUCAACCAUGGCGUGACACAGAAGAAUUGAAAAAUGGGUUUAAUACUUACACUGAGUCAUUUAAAUUUCAGCAGCAUAUGCUCGAACAAGCAAAUUUAUAUCAUGAAUACAAUGAAGAUUUCCAAAAAGGCUUAGAUUAUAUAAAAAACGUAAUUGAAAAAAAAUGUCAUGAUGAUCAGGCCGAGGAUUUAAAAAGUACAUCAGCAGACUGUGAUCCAGCUGAAACGAAUGCAAUUGCUAAGGAAUUAAAUGAUGCUGUACAGAAACAAGACGAAAAUCAUACUCUGGCAGAUAUGAUCAAUAAAAUGAACGUCGAUCAGAUUAGAGUUUUCGAAAAAAUUAAAAGAGGAGUAUUAUCUAAUGAUACAAAAAUAAGAUUGUAUGUUAGUGGAGAAGGUGGUACAGGAAAAAGUUUUGUGAUUAAUGUAAUCAAACGUUGGAUCAAAGAAGAAAUGAACCAGGAAACUGUUGUAACUGCUCCUACUGGUAUUGCAGCUUUUAAUAUUAAUGGCCUUACUGUACAUCGAGUAUUUCAAUUGCCAGUCGAACACGGUUUCACACCAUCUUAUAAGCAAUUGCCAGAUAGUAUGUUAAAAGUAUUACGAGAUCAAUUACAAAAUGUUACUCUCUUUAUUAUUGAUGAGAUAUCAAUGAUUUCUAAUAUAACAUUGAUAUACAUACAUUUGAGACUAUCAGAGAUUUUUAAUGUUGAUGACUGGUUCGGUGGAAAGCACAUUGUCGUUUUUGGAGAUUUGUUGCAACUUCCUCCUGUCCAUGAGAACCCAAGUUAUAUGACAUUAUCAUCGACAGAUGCAGAAAAGUAUAUAGGGUCAAUGAGUUCUGUCAAUAUAUGGAGUAAUUUAUUCAGCUAUGAAGAAUUAACAAUCAAUAUGCGACAAAAAACUGACAAAGUUUAUGGUGAGUUACUAUCUCGAGUACGCGUGAACUCAAUGACAGCUGACGAUAUAAAGUUGUUAGAACAAAGAAAGAUUAUAAUUGAUCCUUCACUAUCUCUAUCAUACAAUGAUAGAUUACAUGAAAUAUGUAAUUACAUAGCAAAAUUACCGAUGGAUACAGUCUGUUUAGUACCGACUUGUAAACAAUGCGAUUUAAUCAAUUCAGUAAUGAUCGAUAAAAUUGCUUCUGAAAAAAUUAUUCUUGAAGCUCGUGAUCAUAUAGAUUGUCCUAAAUCUUUAAAAAAAAAAGCUGCCGACAGCUUAAGUAAAAUAGAAGCAGAUGCAAGUCAAUCAGCUGGACUUGCCAAAACUAUUAUAAUUAAAAUCGGUGCAAAAGUAAUGCUUCGACGGAAUAUCGAUGUUACUCUUGGUCUAGUUAAUGGUGCUAUUGGCACAGUUAAAUCGAUUUCUAAAUCGAUUGAUACAAAUGGCAUAGAGAAUGUUAAUGUAGAUUUUGGCACAGGCAAAGAACAUGUCAUUGAGAGAAUCAAAGUUAAAUUUCAAUUAUUGGAAAGAGCUUUUGUCAUAAGAGAACAGUUCCCAUUGUGUUUGAGUUACGCAGUUACCAUUCAUAAGAGUCAAGGUUUAAGUCUAAAAAAUGCAAUUAUCGAAGCCGGAAACAGUAUUUUUAAUGUUGGUCAAAUAUACGUAGCUCUUUCUCGGGUUACAGAAUUAAAUGGUUUGCAUUUAAUCAAUUUUGAUCCUUAUUCUGUUAAAGCUAACCUUGCGGCUAUCCAAGAAUAUAAUCGUUUAAAAAAAACUUUCAGACCUAAUCUUCCGGAGAUUUUAGUUUCUAAUAAACGUUGGCAUAAAGUAUGGGAUUUAAUAUGGGCAGUUGAAGAACAAUUUGUUGAAACUGCGACAACAACAUUGAAGAAGUCAUCAUGUAAAAAUUUAUUAGCGAUACGAGGUAUCGAAAACUCUGAUAAAAUUUCUGGUGGUUUCAAUUCGAUUGUGCAAUGCAUUUUUAAUAAUGAAAAAAUUAUUUUGAAUUCAAAUGACAUCAAACAGUGGGUAUUUCAACAAGAAUGUCCUGAUCUAGAUACUGAUCCUGUAUCUAUAUUUGCUACAAUUUGCAAAAGUAAUCCUGAUAUUAAGAAUUUAGUACAAUAUGAACUAUUAUAUACUGAUCGGUGUAAAGUGUGUAACUACACAAAUUUGCAUAAAAAAUUAGAAGAUGUAUUACGACUUCCAAUGAUUAAUCCGAAAAAUAUACUUAAUUUACAAAGAUUAAUUGAUUCAUCGUUCGGACAGUGGUUCAAUACAUUGAAAUUUUGCAAUAAUUGUAAAGAGAUUAAAGAAACGCAUACCAAAAUUGUAAUAAACUCUGUACAGCAGAUAAUUGUCGUGAAGUUAGAAUUAUCCUUAAAAGAUAAUAAUAAAAUUUCGAUUAAAAAAAAAGGACUGAUAAAAUCAGUGCCUACAGCCAAGAUUUCUUUGUGUAAUAAAAUGUAUAAUGUUGUAAGUGCAAUAUUUUAUUCUGAAAAAGAUGAUAGCUCUUGUCAUUAUGUUGCUAUGAUUAAAGACAACUCAGCAUGGAUCCAAGCAGACGAUAAAAACAUACAAUCAUCGUCCCAAUGCUUUCCAGUUGCCAAAAAACGACGAAGCAGCCCGCCAGUAGAGGGUGGCGGGGCUGGACGUUCAUCAAUCCCUCCGAUAACAGUCACCAGGGAGCGGGUUUCGAUGAGUUUAUGUCGUAUUCUUGUUCAGGCGGAUAUUCAUGCUGUUUCUGAUCCACCGUGCAAGGCCAAGUGUGAAGAAGAUGCCACACUUGAUGAAUUAAUCGCGGUAGAAGAUCGAACAGCUGUUUCAGUGCCAUUUAUAAACCAACCUGGUGAUGAAAAUGAUGAUUUUUGGCGUCUGCGUCAUGGUAAACCCCGACCGCAGGUUGUCAUCCGCGCGGGUACUCGUCAAAAGGUCGCAAGUGUCGAUACCGGGGCUUAA